CACUGCAACACCGAAUUAUCUGUAUUAUUUCUGCACGGCCUGUUAAUUUUGAAAUGACGACCACUGACGCCGACAGCAGAGUGGCACGAGCUGCAGGAUGUUUACUACCGCAAGCACCGCCUGUACCAAAUGCAGUGGGCCGACCUUAAUCUGCGCAACUUUCGCGUGGCAGCGUCGUCAUUCGGCGGCCCUAUAGCGCUGCUGCGCGACGACCGGCAGCUGCUCGAGGCUGGCCCAUCCCCGCUGCUGGACUCGGGCCAUCCAUGUGUUUUCGGGCCAGCGGGCUGCUUAUUGGCAAAAUCGAAUACGACGGACUGCACAUUGCUGCGUUUAGCUGGAACAGCCGCGAGGAGCUUGUAUGCGUGCAUGAGGACGGCAGUGUGCGUGUCUUCGGGCUGAGUGCGCCUGGAUCGGCAUUCUCCUUGGGCAAUGAGGCCAAGGAGGCGGGUGUUGGCUUUGUUGCGCGCACCGCCGACGGAAAGCUCAUAUACCCCAAGAUGCUUGGCAAGCAUACUGGAGAGGUGAGCAGCUGGACCAUCAUCCCACCACACCUAAGUCUGAGUCACCACACAAUCCUGCAGAUCGACGCAGUUGGCACACAGGACCAGCUGCUGGACUCUGGCCCAUUCUCCAGCAUCUCGGUAUCUCCUAACGGGCGGCUGGUGGUCCUCUGUUCAGAAAGCGGCCGUGUGCAGGUGUCGUUCUCGGAUAUGGAACAUGGAGCGGCUGAGCGGCCGGCGGAUAUUGCAUGGUGCGGCAGCGACGCAGUAGCAGUGCUCCUGGGCCCUUUCGGUGACUCUCUGGUCUUCCCUACGGACGAACCUAUGUGCCUGGUACAGGAGCUGGAUGGGGCUCACGAGUUUCUGUUCAAAGUCAGCGACGAAAGCAAGGCUGUGUUCCAGAUUGGGCUGCAAACACCGGCAUCGAUGCUGUAUGACUCCUUGGAAAACAUAAAGGCACACUCGUCGCAAGCUGGCUCGACCAUUCGCGACCUGGGCGACGACCUGCCAUAUGCCAUUGACACAUGCAUAGCAGCAGCGAGCUGUGAGCCUAUAGUUGAAAUACAGCAGGCGCUGCUGCGUACAGCGAGCUUUGGCAAGGCUUUCCUGGACGUGUACAACGGCGACAAGCUAGUUGAUAUCUGCAAACACCUGCGCAUCGUCAACUGCCUAGCACAGUAUGAGAAUGGCAUCCCUGUGUCGACUAUGCAGUUCCUGAGCCAGCCGUUUGAGGACUGGAUUGCGCGACUCCUGAACCGCAACCAGCAUCAGCUGGCCAUACUCAUGUGCCGCUACAUGGAGGAGCCGGCAGAUCAGAUCCGGGCAUCGACUAUCGACGACGAUGCGCUGUACAAGAUCAUCAUGAGCAAGCUACAGAGUGUACCGGGUAUUUCGUACGUGGAUAUUGCGGAGAAGCUGGCGAUCCGGCUACUGAAACAUGAGCCGCGGGCAGGCAACCAGGAAUCGACAGCAAUGGACGAGGCGAUCCGCAGUGGAGAUGCCGACCUGGUGUACUUUGCGAUGGAGCUGGUGGACUUCUUCAAGGUUAUCAGCCACAGCCGUAAGUACUGCAUCGAUCAGAAAUCGCCAGAAGACGCGCGCCGCAAAUCAGCGCAGCUAAUUUUGAUUGACAACUUGGACAAGCACGAUGUCGGCGAGCUGGUAGCAAAUUUGAAGAAGGACAAGACCAGCGCGCGGCAGACAAAGGCGAUGGACGCACAUAUCAAGCUGCCUGAAGGCCCAAUGCAAGGCGAGAAAUUCGUCGGGCUGACAGUCAACGAGACUGUGGCGAAAUGCAUGGCCCGGGGAAACUAUACACGAGCCAACAAACUCAAGGGCGACUUCAAGGUGCCUGAGCGCAGAUUCUACUGGAUAAAGGUGCAUGCACUGGUGCAACGCCGUGACUGGGCUGAGCUAGCACGCCUGGCGAACGCACGCAAGCCGCCCAUUGGGUACCGUGCAUUUGUCGACGAAUGUAUUGGCGCGUUGCAAUAUCAGGAGGCGGCCCGAUAUAUCGCCAAGUGCGACCAAGGGGAGCGGGCAGAGCUGUUUUUGCGUAUCGGGUACUAUCAUGAAGCUGCACAGGUGGCCGUUGCAGGCAAGGAUGUUGGUCUGCUGAGGCGCAUCCAGGCGCAGACACAGGACGCAUCUUUGCAGCAUGAUAUUGGCGUGCAGAUUGAGCAGCUUGGCGGCGGUAUUUGAUAUGAGCAGCCCGACCCGCUUCGGUAUCAAUAGGACGACGUGUUUGUACAAUGACUGUGCACGCCCCCUCCCAAUAUGAAUGACUUCAAGAUCAAGCUGAGCCUGUGAGCUCAGCGGUCCUAGCGCCGGUUCUAAACUCUGCAUUCCGUUUGAUUGGUUUGCCGCCUUCAUGGUGAAGAUUCUUUCAAGCCAUUUAAUAUAGCUUUCAUGGAUUUCAUUACGCGUGGUUUGCUUGUAGAAACACAUUUUGC